AUGCUCUUCCCCACCCUUCUCCUCGCUCUACCGCUGCUGAGCUCAGCCUCAUUGGCUUUUUCCGUCUCAAACGAGGAUCGCAACUCCACUCUGACAUCCCGACACAAUGGUGGUGGUGGUGGCCCGUCUUCCAAUUCCAAAGGAUCCUAUCAGACCUGUGCGAGGGUAGCAGGUACAUAUGGUCAUUACAAAUAUGACUUUGGUUGUAUAUGUCAAGAUGACGUAGAACAGUAUUGUAAAGAUAAUGGGAUUCAUGGGAAUCUACAGAAUGCCAUGCAGUCUUAUAUCUCGCAAUAUGGUAAAUCAUCUUAUUACCCUUCCAACGCUCAACCAACCUGUGACGGAAGAGGUGGGUACACCUGCGGAUCACUAUACAAGAAAUCCGACGGAUCAUGUUCCUCAUCUGGUUGUUCAAGCGAUCACUGGUCACCGAACGGAUCAUGUUGUCCGAGAGGUCAAACAUAUUCCAAUGGAAGAUGUUGCGGUUCUACAGGCUGUUCAUCAAAGGGAGGUCAAUGUACACCAAUCUACACUUGUCCCCAAGGUCAAGAAUUCAAGACUACUCAAUGUUGCAAAACAUAUCUCAGCGAGAUGAAUGGUCAAUGUGCUUGUCCAUCGGGAUAUGAAGAUGAUGGAUCGAAAUGUUCACCAAAAUGUAAAUCCAACGAGAAGAUCGAUUCGAAAUCUGGUAAAUGCGUUACGGUAUGUGAUGAGAAUAAUGGAUUCACUUAUCAGAAAUGUAAAUCAUCGGAUCACUCUCUUUGUUGCUCAAGAGGUCAAACAGCAUACGAUACCGUCUGCUGCUCGAAGGGUCAAGAAGAAAUAGAUAAAUCUGGAAUAUGCUGCACCGAAGGCGUAGGUGCCAAAGUCCAAAAUGGAAAAUGUAUUGAACCUACCUCAAAACCUAAACCGCAAAGACGAUCUGGAAUACCUGUUCAGUUGACUUUGAAAGAAGACAUAGUACCAUAUGGAAUGGAACAAAAUAGAAAUGGAGAACUAUGUCCACCUAGAAUGGCAGCUUGUCCUAUAGAAGGUAGAUUCACGAUAUAUACUUUAGAUCAGGUGGUUAAAGAAGGUGAAUACGAAUGUGUGAACCCCCUUGAAGACCUUCAAUCGUGCGGUGGAUGCUCUUCUCUGGGAACUGGUAAAGAUUGCUCUGCUAUACCAGGUGCCAGAUGGAUGGGAUGUAACAAGGGUCAAUGUCAGGUGUACUCGUGUAAGAAGGGGUGGAAGACGAAUGGGGAUGGUACGGCCUGCGAGAAGUUGAUGUAA